UUGUCAUCAAACAAUUGUGUCAAAAAGUUUUGAAACCGGGAGUUUCAUGUGAGAGGUUAUAUUUUUCGUAAUUAUACAUCAGAUCGAAAUAUUUUUAUUUUAUAAUUGUGCGUAAUAGUGAAGACGUUUAAAAUGAAACUGUAUUGUUUAUCGAGUGAACCAACAAAGCCAUGUCUGGUUUUGAGUUUCAAGGGAAUUACUCUGAUGUUAGAUUGCGGUUUAAACAUGCAAUCCAUAUUACAUUUUAUGCCAAUGCCCUUGGUUCCUAGCGCUAAAUUUAAUUCUUUGCCAUCUUGGCUUCCACGCGAUAAUCAUCAAGAUUGGCAAAUAGAAGGGGAAUUAAAAGAAUGUUGUGGCAGAGUAUUUGUUGAUUCUACUCCUGAAUUUUCUCCACCUCUGGAAAAAAUAAUAGACUUCUCAGAAAUUGAUGCUAUUUUAAUAUCGAAUUAUACCUGUAUGUUAGCUCUGCCAUUCAUAACGGAAGACACUGGUUUUAAAGGCAUUAUUUAUGCCACGGAACCAACGUUACAAAUUGGGCGUUUCUUUAUGGAAGAAUUAGUAGAAUUUAUUGAACAGACACCCAGAGCAACAUUAGCUAAACAUUGGAAGGAGAUGUUACAUGUUUUACCUCCUCCAUUAGCUGAUGCUCUUAAACCAAAAUCGUGGAAGCACAUAUAUUCAUUGUCAGCAGUCAAUACAGCUUUAUCAUAUAUCCAAACAGUUGGCUAUGAUCAGAAACUGGAUAUAUAUGGUGCAUUAACCGUUACUCCUAUAAGCUCUGGGUAUUGUUUAGGUAGUAGUAAUUGGUUGAUUUCUUGUGACCAUGAAAAAGUUGCAUUCGUGAGCGGAUCUUCAACAUUGACAACUCAUCCGCGACCUAUGGAGCAAGCUACCUUGAAACAUGCUAAUAUGUUGAUAUUAACAGGUUUAACUCAAACACCUACUGCUAAUCCAGAUACUAUGCUUGGGGAGCUUUGUAUGACCGUCGCAAUGACACUUAGAUCAGGUGGAUGUGUUUUAAUACCAUGUUAUCCAUCUGGUGUUGUGUACGAUUUAUUCGAAUGCCUUAGUACUCAUUUGGAUAAAUCAGGUUUCUCGCAAGUUCCUUUGUUUUUCAUAUCACCAGUUGCCGAAUCUUCUUUAGCAUAUUCGAAUAUUUUAGCUGAAUGGCUGUCGACAAAUAAACAAAAUAAGGUGUACCUUCCAGAGGAACCAUUUCCUCAUGCCUUUCUUGUAAAAAAUGCUAGAUUAAAACACUUUACAUCCACAUAUGCGGAAGGUUUUAGUUCCGAUUAUAGACAACCCUGUGUUGUAUUUUGUGGUCAUCCCAGUCUUAGAUUUGGCGAUGCAGUCCAUUUCGUUCAGAUGUGGGGUAAUAAUCCACAACAUACUAUAAUUUUUACAGAACCAGAUUUUCCGUAUUUGGAUGCUUUAGCACCAUUCCAACCAUUAGCUAUGAAGGCAGUACAUUGCCCAAUUGAUACAUCUCUCAAUUUCACUCAAGCUAAUAAAUUAAUUAGAGAUUUAAAACCAGAACAUUUAGUUAUACCUGAAUGUUAUACGCAACCGCCGUUAACAGCACCGCAUAGGACAGAUCUUGUAAUAGACCCUGUAGGAGAAAAAGCUCUAAUCACUUUUAAACGAGGCGAAGUUAUAAAAUUGCCUCUGAAAAGGAAGAAGGGUCGCGUAUUUAUUGAACCAGAAUUAGCUGGGAAUAUAAUUCCAAAUGAAGUACGACCUGGUCUAAGUCUUGCUUCUGUUACUGGUGAAUUAGAAGUUAAGGAUAACGUAUAUACGAUAAAGAGUAUCGAAGACAGACCUACAGGAAAACGAAAGACCUCUUCCGGUUCACCUGCGCCAAUCAAAGAAGAGGUUCUUAAAGAAAGGAAACACGAAUACGGUAAUUUGGACCCACAGGAAUUACUUCAAAAGCUUAAUCAAGAAGGCAUUCAAGGGGCCAAGUUACAGCACAGUCCAACUUCUACCAGUAUUCACUUGCAAGAUGAAGAUACUUUGAUUCAAAUAGGGGACAAUUCAACGCACAUUUUUUGCAACGGCGAUCAAAAGAUUAGAAGACGAUUGAGGACUAUUAUAAUGCAGUGCCUCAAAAGAUUUUAACGUAGUAAGUCGACAAUAUUAAAUUAUCACUAUUUUAUACAAUUUCAAUUUUAUUAUAAUUUAUUUUUUUACAUAUUUGGAAUAUUUGUUCGUUUAAUACAGAGAAAAAUGAUAAUCCUAAGUACUUUUGAUUAGCAAUAAGCAACAUUCAUUUCUGAAAUUGUACAUAACCUUGUCUUGUACAUACACAGGCAUUGCAUUGUAUAUAUCUACAAAUACGCACUAUAUAAAUGUGGCAGUAUUAAAUCCAUUUCAUUCAUUACAUCGAUGCUAAAAGAUACUUAAAUAAUAUCAUUAUCUUUUUGAAUGAAAUAAAGAUAUCAUAAAAUAAUGUAUCUACCUCGAAUGAAAACAUAUAACUUAGAUAUAUAUCAUUGAGACUGAAAAUAUAUUAUUUUAAAAAAAAAAUUUCUUAUACUGUUAUAUUAUAACACAAUCUUUCAUUAUAUGUUGUAUAAUAUAUACAUAAUUUAUAUUAUUCAGUAUUGGGAAUAAUACAAAGAACAAGUGCUCUGUCAAAUUAUUUUUUAAUACCUAACAUAAGCUUAAUGGAGUUAAGGUUAUAUUAGUCUCUAUGCCCUAAAGAUACGAUCUCUAAAAUGACUGCGUUUUUAUUUUUGCUGCAUUCUGAAUGGGUAUGCAUAUAUAUUAUAUGUACUACAAG